UUAAUUAUUAUUAAUUUCCAUUUGAAUACUUUAUUGGUUAAUUCGGCGAAGGGAGGAAAUAACAAACAGGAACCGAAAGAACAAGAACUAGAACAAAAACCAGAACAAGAAAAAAUACAAGAACUAAAACAAGAAGAAGAAGAAGAAGAAGAAAACCAACGAGAACAAGAACAACAAAAACUGAAAGAAAAACUGAAACAAGAAGAACAAGAAAAACAACAAGAACUGGAACAAGAAGAGUAAAAAGAAAAAAAUCUACGAGAACAAGAAAAACAACAUCUACGAGAAGAAGAACAACAAGAACUAAAACAAAAACUAGAACAAGAAGAUCAAGAAAAACAACAAGAACUAGAACAAGAAGAGUAAAAAGAAAAAAAUCUACGAGAAACAGAACAAGAAAAACUAGAACAAGAAAAACUAGAACAAGAAAAACAACAUCUACGAGAAGAAGAACAACAAGAACUAAAACAAAAACUAGAACAAGAAGAUCAAGAAAAACAACAAGAGCUAGAACAAAAAGAGCAGAAAAAACAACAAGAAAUUUAUGUCAUGAAUAAAUAAAAAAAUAAAUAAACAAGAACUAGAACAAGAAAAGCAAGAAGAACAACAAGAACUAGAACAAGAAGAACAAGAAAACCAAACAAGAACCAGAACAAGAAAAGCAAGAAAAAGAACAGGAACUAGAACAAGAAGAAUAAAAUCUACGAGAACAAGAACAACAAAAACAAGAAAAAAAGCAAGAAAGACAACAAGAACUAAAACAAGAAGAGCAAAAAGAACAAACUAUACAAGAACAAUAACUAGAACAAGAACUAGAACAAGAAGAUUAUGUCAUGAAUAAAUAAACAAGAACUAGAACAAGAAAAGCAAAAAGAACAACAUGAACUGGUACAAAAACUAAAACAAGAAGAACAAGAAAAUCAACAAGAACCA